GUCGCUGGGAACAAGGACUGAGUUCUUUUCCCUGCGUGCCUGCUUCCUGAUGCCGCUCCAGAAGCUCUCCGCGCUCAUUGAGACCAUCUGCAACUUUGUCAUCUGCAAUGACCCCUCUCUGCGCGGCCAGCCCAUCAUCUUCAACCCUGACUUCUUUGUGGAGAAGAUGCGGCAUGAGAAACCCGAAGUCUUCACAGAGCUCGUGGUCAGCAACAUCACCCGGCUCAUUGACCUGCCUGGGACAGAGCUGGCCCAGCUGAUGGGGGAGGAGGAGCCCAAGCUGCCUGGCGGGACCAGCACAGCCUCGGGAUUCUUUCGGUCCCUCAUGUCUCUGAAGCGGAAAGCCAACACUUGGCACCACCCUCUGCCCUCUGCGCAGACCUCGGCUCAACUCUCAAGAGUCACAUCCGUGCCGGUCGGGAUCCCGGGUGCAGACAAAGGGGUGGUGUUCGGGUCUCCGCUGACAGAAGAAGGCAUCGCCCAAGUCUCUCAGCUGAUCGAGUACCUGCACAAGAACCUACGUGUGGAAGGCUUGUUCCGGGUGCCAGGGAACAGCGUCCGCCAGCAGCUCCUGAAGGAGGCCCUGAACAGUGGGAUGGACGUGGACCUGGACUCGGGGGAGUUCCACUCCAAUGAUGUGGCCACGCUGCUGAAGAUGUUCCUGGGUGAGCUGCCGGAGCCUCUGCUCACGCGCAAGCACUUUCAUGCCCACCUCAAGAUUGCAGACCUGAUGCUGUUCGAUGAGAAAGGCAACAAGACAGGUGCCCCCGAUAAGGAGCGGCAGAUUGAGGCGCUGCAGCUGCUCUUCCUCCUCCUGCCUGCGCCCAACCGCAGCCUGCUCAAGCUGCUGCUGGACCUGCUCUACCAGACAGCCAAGAAGCAGGACAAGAACAAGAUGUCUGCCCACAACCUGGCCCUCAUGUUCGCGCCACACAUCCUGUGGCCCCGCAAUGUGACAGCCAACGACCUGCAGGAGAACAUCACCAAGCUCAACAAUGGCGUCGCCUUCAUGAUCAAACACUCCCAGAAGCUCUUCAAGGCUCCGGUGUACAUCCGGGAGUGCGCCAGGCUGCAGUACCUGAGCUCCAGAGCACAUGCCUCCAAGGACGACCUGGACUUGCCCAUGGUUCCUGCCUCCAAGGAGUUGCAGCCGCUGAAGUCUCCGAAGCGGGGCAGGCCGGAGCCCUCGCCACGGCAGGAGACACAGCAGCGCACAGAGGAGGCGCUCCGGGAGCUCUUCCGCCAUGUCCACAACAUGCCUGACUCGGCCAAGAAGAAGAAGCUCAUCCGGCAGUUCCACAAGCUCCCUGGGGCCGUCACUCCUGGAUCCAAUGUGCCCACACCCCCAGUGCAGCGGCGCACCCGGUCCCGAUCCUUCAGCGGCCUCAUCAAGCGGAAGGUGCUGGGGACCCCAGUGAUGUUGGAGAGGAAGAGCGGGGAUGCCACGCCAGAGCCGGAGCACGCCAGCAAGGAGAACAUACAGCUGUUACAGAAACUGUCUGGAUCACCAGCCACCCACGCAGCUCGAGCAAGGUUGAAAUCGUCUGAGGGCAGGAAAGAGGACUGCUGCAAGCGCCUGCCGGCCCGUGCGCCUUCCAGGGAGUCGUCAUCGUCCUGCUGAGCCCCUGGGACCAGCACAGGGCAGCAGGGACAUCUGCACUCGCAAGCUGUGAAUAGUUCUUGCCACGUCUCGAGCUGGGAGGAGACCUGGCUCUGCUGAUCCUUCUAACCCUACUCAUCAGCGCUUGGCUUGGGACCGGGGCCUCCUGCGGGCACCCGUUUAUAGACAGAUAUGUAUCUAUCUUCCAUUUUAAUACGGGACCAACCACUGUAACCAAGGACCUGGCGCUGCACCUGCCCCUGGCACCGCAAAGGGCCCAGGGCAGCCCCGCCUGGGAGAGGGAAAAGGCUUUCUGCCGACUGUCUACAGCCCGCUGUUGACACGCUCCCAUGCUCCAGGCUUUCUCUGGAGUGCGCAGGCAGCUGCACCCCUUCUGCCUUCAGCUUUUAACUUGCCCCUCCUGGCUCCUUGCUCUGUCAUCAGGA